UCGAGUUAACCACCAACUGAGACGCUUAACAGGAUGCUGCCAGACGGUCAUGACCCAAAAAAUAAAAACAAACUAUAUAUGCAGAUUUAGCUUCAGACAAAUUGUAUUUACCAACAAAAUUGUGACACCGAAUUAUUCCGUUAAUACUAGGUAAUGCCGUAAUGACCUGCAUAUUUUUUUAAAAAGAGUGGAUCGGUGAAGCUUUUUUAUAACUAUAUAGAUAUGCUCUGGUUUUCAAGGCUUGUCUGAAUACAGAUCAAGGAAUUUAAACAGGUUUGGACAUUUUUAUCCCGUUAAAAAAACUUUUAAGUCUGCGGUGGUGUCGUUUUUUAUCUUUUAUACGAUUUUCCUGGAUGACAAAUGGAAAAGUCACGGGCGCUUGUGGAAAUCUGCCAGAAAUAUUCGUACUGCAAAGGAUGCUGUUGCUUCAGUAACCAUAAUACAAAUUCGUUUUGUUAAACGGUGCAACAAUAAUUAUAAUUAAAAAAAAAACAAAAAUAACUAACUUCAUCCAACCUUUGUUGGAGGACAUUGGUAUUUACGGACAGCACAAUUUCCGGAUUACUAUGCAAUUACACUUGUUCCCGAUUAUUUUGAUUUUGCACAUAACGGAAUAUACCGAUUUCCUGCAACGCGUCGUUGCACAGCUGCGGGACCAUCCAGGGACUCCUGAGGAAUUCUGUGGGGAAUUGGAGAGGGACCGCGGCUGCCUGACAUGUUCACGCACCAAUGGCUGCCUGACAUGCAAGCCCCGGUACUUUUUCCUCCUGGUGCGCCAUGACAUGAGGCAGACGGGCCUGUGUCUGCUCUCUUGCCCCAACGGAUACUAUCACACCCGCUCUCGAGACGUCAACAAGUGCAUGAAGUGCCACCUGGACUGCGACUGCAACUUCACAGGCACCUUCUGCACACGGUGCAGGGAAGGGCAAUAUCUGCACCGAGGGAAGUGCCACAGGGGCUGCCCAGAAGGGCUGGUGCCAGACAGCACGUUGUGGGAGUGCAUCCCUGCUAAAGUGUACUGUGAAGUGAAUGAGUGGAGCACCUGGAGCGCAUGUUCUCACAGAGGAAGUACGUGUGGAUUCAGGGCAGGUGAACAGACGAGGGUUCGACGCAUCCUUCAGCUACCAUCCAACGGCGGAAAUCCCUGUUCUGUCACCUAUGAGACCAGAGAGUGUUUCAUCAGGAGGAAGAAAUGUCCAGGGAGACUGCACAGAGAAAAACAGAGGGGCAGGAAGAGAAAGUGGGAAGGUGAAAAUAUGCGACUGAAAGGAGAGGGAGGCAACGGCAGAAAAAAGACACGGGGGACUCAGCAAACGCAUACAGCACACAAUAUAGAGGCGGCAGGGGGGCAGAACGGGAGUCAGCACGGGAGUCAGCACCUAAUAACAGAUGGCACACAAUAACAUCAACCACUGUGCCAAGCGCUGCAGACAGGCAGAGGUGGAACAUUCAGGCCCAGAAAGUACAAAUCCAGACCAAGGUUUUGUUUCAACCAACCAAUUUAGCAUAGAGAGUCGCAAUCAAUGAGUACUCAAUUGGUUGGUUGAAAGAAAACCUUGGUCUGGAUUUGUACCUUAUGGACUUCAACUUCCCACCUCUGCAGAUAGGAAUACUGUUGUAAAGUUAAUAAUACAAUGUAUGUGCAUGACAGACAAUGUUAACCAUUCAGGGAAAAACAAUCACUGCAAGAAUCCUAGCUCUCCAAGUCGGAAUGAGGGAUACAGCGUACAGGAGUACACACAUAUUCAGAAUGGGAAUAUUUAUAUACUUUUGCUGCAUAUGUAAAGUAACGCAACAAAAUAUAAUUAAUGCCGGUGUAGAAUGACUCUACUUCUGUUGCUGCAUUUGCAUAUCUUACAUACUUAUAUUUGUAUGUGAACAUCUCCAAUAUACACAUUCAAUAAAAAUCUGAGUUUUCCA